AUGACUGGUGAAAAUCAGAGUCGUUCCUAUUUGGAAAAACAACCAUUUGGUGGCGUUCCAGCACUUGAUGAUGCCGAUGGUUUCACAAUAUAUGAAUCCCGCGCAAUUUGUCGGUAUUUAGAAAAGAAAUACAAAGGCAAAGGUACUGAAUUGAUUCCAAAAAGCAAUGCACAAGUUGAAGGCCUUUUUGAACAAGCUGCAUCAAUUGAAUUGAGUUAUUUUGAUCCAUAUGCUAGUACUAUUGUCGGCGAACGAGUAUACAAAAAAAUGCGAGGCGGUGAGCCAGAUAUGAAUAAAGUAGCAGGACAACGACAAGAUUUAGCUGAAAAUUUGGAUGUUUACGAACAAAUUUUAUCUACACAAUCAUAUCUGGGCGGAAAUACGUUUACUCUUGCUGAUUUAUUCCAUUUGCCAUUGGGUUCAAUGCUUGCAAAAUGUGGUGAAGGUGAACUGUUCGAAUCUCGACCACAUGUGAAGCAAUGGUGGAACAAGAUUUCAUCACGACAGGCAUGGAAAACUAUUCAAGCUAUGCAUGAAAUCCAAUAA